AUGGCACAGAAAAGCUCUACAGAAUACGUCUUCCAAACCUUGACCAAGGACGUCAGCGGAUGGGACAACUCGGCAGUAGCCUGGGGUAUAGGACUCAUCACUGUUACUUACCCUCUAUGUGGUUUCGAUAGUAUCAUUCACAUGUCUGAUGAAGUCAAACAAGCACGUACCCGGGUUCCACGGUCUAUCAUCUUCUCCGUCGUGGUUAACGGCCUCAUGCAACUCAUUUAUAUGAUCACUGUCUUGUUCACCAUUGGUGACGCAAAACGUGUCUCCGCUUCACCUCUGCCGAUCAUCGAGGUCUACUACCAAGCCACUGGAUCUAAAGCAGCUACGAACCUGUUCAUCUUUAUGCUAAUAUAUAUCAUCUUUGUAUCCUUUUUCAACGUCUUCGCUUCAGUCUCACGUCUCAUCUGGGCUUUCUCAAGAGACGGGGGAUUACCAUGUUCGUCUGCAUUCGCAAAGGUUCAUCCGACCUUUGGAGUGCCGGUCAACGCGCUAUAUCUCAGUGCUCUUUGUGUUUGCAUACUCGCUCUGAUCAACGUCGGUUCAAGCACGGCGUUCAACGCUAUCAUCUCUCUCACAGCAUUGGGCUUGUACCUUUCGUACUUCCUUCCUGUCUUGUUCCUUUUGUGGCAUCGAAUGUCGAGGACGGCACCAUCGCCAAUUCCAUGGGGACCAUUUAGAUUGGGCAUUGCGGGGCCAUAUAUCAACAUUGGUGCCUUGUGCUACAUCCUAUUCACCUUCAUUUGGAUGCCGCUCCCGACUGUCCUUCCUCUGGACAGGUUCAAUAUGAACUAUGCCGGACCGAUUCUUGGUGCGAUUAUCCUAGGCGCUGCGCUAGACUGGUCUUGGAAUGGAAAAAGGAGAUUUAGAGUGCCAGUCGCAAGCCAGACAGAUUCCACAUACCACUUUGAGAACUACGAAAAUGGCAAGCCGAAAUGGGCGCCUGGAAAGGACAACCAGAGAGACUACCGCGACUAUCGCAAUAGCCGCAGGGGCGAUCAUCGUCGUCCCCGAAAGGAACGGCCUGCUGAAGACGAUGCGCCGCCGCCGCCAUACCCAAUGAACCCUCCUCCCCCACCCGGCGCUGCACACUAUCCACCACCCCCGCCGGGAGCUUCAGAAUAUCCGCCUCCCCCGCCCGGUGCAUCAGACUACCCUCCCCCUCCACCUGGAGCAUCAGACUACCCCCCUCCCCCUCCGCCAGGUAUGUUGGCUCGUCAAGGCAGUUUCCCAACACCGGCUAACAGAAAGCAAGAUCCUCGUGACCACCGAGACCGCGGCGCUCGCCCACGUCGCCAUCGCAGACAGCCCUCGUACUCGUCCGACGACUCGGAAUCAGACUCCCCGCCCCCUCCGCGACGCAGUCACCGCGACGACCGCCCCCGCGACGAUCGUCCCCGUAGAUCUAGGCGCGAGGAUACCUACGACUCAUACGACGAACACUAUCCGCCUCGCAGACCCAAGGACGACGGCCGGCGUGAACGCGAUGGCUACAAGUCUGAAGGCUACAAGUCGGACCGCCGCCGCAAGGACCGCGACCCUUACUACGAUGACCGCGACCGCCGAGACAAGCCACGUGACGAUCGCAGACGCCGCGAUGACCGCUACGACGACCGCUACGACGACAUGUUCAACACCAAGCCGCGUCGCGACUCUCGCUACGACGACAGGGAUCGUGACAGGCGCGGUCGAUACGAUGACGACCGCUAUGAUGACCGCCGUAGGAGCGGUAGAGGAGACGUGGGCAAGCCAGGAAAGCCCGGACAGCCUGAGUGGCAGAGGCAGGCUAUGGGCAUGUUCAAGGACUACGCGCUGCCCAUCAUCAAGAAAGAGGGUGCCAAGUAUGUACAGAAACAGAUGGCCAAUGGCUUUGGACGGCGCUAG